UUCCUCACCCCAAACCCUGAUAAGGGGAGGAACCAUCCACCCAGUCACCAUGACACCUACUACCAGUGGCGAGCGUGAGCACCGUCCUUGCCAACACCUGCUGCCGUGCGCAUGUAGAUUCCUGCACUUUCAUGGAUGUGGAUACUUGCAUUGACGCAGGCGCUUGCACCAACGCGAACUCCUGCAUUGACGCGGAUGCCUGUAUUGACGCAUAUGCCCGCACUUAUGCUCACAGGAACGCCUUACUACUUUUGCUACCAACUGUCUCGUGUACCCUCACCUCCAUGCGUCCCCUUGCGGGCUCCUACAAUUCAGGGAUUCAAGGUUCAUUUUAGUCGGGAUCACUAUCAGGGCCCUCCUUGCAACCAAGCAGACAUUUUUCUCGUUCUCAGUAACACAACCGUAUAAGAGCACCCACACAGUUUGUAUGUACUAUCACCAUGUCCAACGAAGAUGAAGCAGACAAGUUUAGGCAAUUCUCUCCUUCCAUCCUCUCCAGUCUCACCGCCAACAUCUGUGAAGAAGAGACA